AGAAGAGGAAAAAACAGAGAAAAGUUGCCAAGCUUUUCCAAGUCCAACCCCCAACUUUUCCCAUUUCUUUUCCCAGGAAUUAAAUAAAUCCAUUCGUCUCUCUGAUUCAUUGGUUUUUUUUCCCUUUUUGGGUUUGGUUUUGUUUUCUUGUCUUGCUCUGCAAUUUCCUGAUUUUCAUCCAUUCUUUCCUCUCCUUACGAUCCUAUUUAAGUUCCUUCUCAAAUGUUUUGUGCUUUCUUUCUGAAAUUUUCGGUCGUUCUAUUCUCUUCGUGUUUACAUUCCAAUCGACAAAAAUCUUGAUGGUUAAAGACAGCAAUUUUCGCAGCAUUAUACGUGCAAAAAUACUACCAUUUUCUCCUGCAGUUUCAUAUUUUUAGGGGAUUAUUCAAAUUCCCGGUUCUCCUGAACUCUGCUUUAAUGUUUUGUUCGUCAAUGAAGAACCCUCAAGUCCCACAUUUACCCAAAUAAUCUCUCUUUUAUCCGUAAUAAUUCUAAACAAUUUCCUUUUGAUCUUACAUAUAUUAAAAGAAUGAAGCUUUUGGUGCGUGUUAUCGAGGCUCGGAAUUUACCGGCAACGGAUCUGAACGGGUUAAGCGAUCCGUACGUGAGGUUGCAGCUGGGGAAACAGAAGGCGAGGACCAAAGUGGUGAAAAAGAGCUUGGAUCCCCAGUGGGACGAGGAAUUCGGGUUCCGGGUCGACGACUUGAAUGAGGAGCUACUCGUCUCUGUUUUGGACGAGGACAAGUACUUCAACGACGACUUUGUCGGGCAGCUCAAGGUGCCGGUGUCCCGGGUCUUUGAUUCGGACGACCAGUCGCUUGGUCCUGCUUGGUACUCUCUGCAACGAAAGAAUAAGAAGUCAAAGAACAAGGACUGUGGAGAAAUUCUUCUCACAAUAUAUUUCUCUCAAAAUAAUUCAUUCUUGGAUUACAACGGUUAUGGUGAUCAUGGGUCACAAGUGAGAAAGCAUGCAGAUGAAACAAUUGAUUCACCUUCGAGGUCUUUCAGUGGUCCUCUGGACUCACCUUCUUCAGUGAGACUAGAAGAAGUUGCAUCCUCUAAGGAAGAUAAGUCUGGUGCACAGAAGACCUUUGCUGGCCGAAUAGCUCAGAUGUUCAAUAAACAUUCAGGUGCAGCUUCUUCGUCCACCUCCAGUAGAACCAUUGACAUGUUGGAGCCAUCUGAAACGUCUGGAUCUGAGGUUUAUGAGAACAAGUCCGAUGAUCAGCCUUCUUCUGAUACAUUUGAAGAAUUGAUGAAGAUGAUGGAGUCAAAGGAUCAAGAUAUUGAAAUUCCAAACAAUUUACCUGGAGGAGUGGUUCUUGACCAAUUGUAUCAGAUUGCACCUGCAGACCUGAACUCUCUACUAUUUUCACCUAAUUCAAGUUUUUUCAAAUCAUUAGCAGAUCUGCAGGGAUCUACAGAACUGCUAAUAGGGCCUUGGAAAUUCGAAAAUGGUGGUGAUAGAUUGAAAAGAGUGGUUAGUUACAUUAAGGCUGCGACUAAAUUAAUGAAGGCUGUGAAAGCUACUGAGGAGCAAAUGUAUCUGAAAGCUGAUGGGAAUUCUUUUGCAGUUUUUUCAAGCGUGAGCACUCCUGAUGUCAUUUAUGGGAACACUUUUAAGGUAGAAGUGCUCUACUGCCUUACACCGGGGCCUGAGCUGCCAUCUGGAGAACAAUCUUCCCAUUUGGUAAUAUCGUGGCGAAUGAAUUUUCUACAAAGCACCAUGAUGAAAGGAAUGAUAGAAAAUGGAGCCCGUCAAGGUUUAAAGGAGAGUUUUGAGCAGUAUGCUGGUUUACUAUCUCAGAGUGUUAAGCCUGUCGACUCUAAGGAACUUGGGUCGAAUAAGGAACAGGCUUUGGCAUCACUACAGGUGGAGCCCCAGUCAGAUUGGAAGUUAGCUGUACGGUACUUUGCUAAUUUUACGGUCCUUUCUACAUUUGUUAUGGGAUUGUAUGUGCUUGUUCACAUCUGGCUGGCUACACCCGGCACAAUUCAAGGGCUCGAGUUUGUUGGGCUUGACUUGCCAGAUUCGAUUGGUGAAUUCAUAGUAUGUGGUGUCCUGGUUCUUCAGGGUGAACGGCUACUGAGGAUGAUUUCGCGCUUCAUGCGGGCCAGAGUGCAAAAAGGCAGUGAUCAUGGAAUCAAAGCACAAGGAGACGGCUGGUUGGUAACUGUUGCCUUGAUUGAAGGAAAUAAUUUGGCAGCCGUUGAUUCAAGUGGGUCCUCUGACCCAUAUGUUGUGUUUACUUGUAAUGGGAAAACUAGAACCAGCUCAAUCAAGUUCCAGAAAUCUGAUCCUCAAUGGAAUGAAAUAUUUGAAUUUGAUGCAAUGGAUGAGCCUCCUUCUGUACUGGACGUGGAAGUUUAUGAUUUUGAUGGACCUUUUGACGAAGCUACAUCUCUGGGAAAUGCUGAAAUAAACUUUCUGAAAACUAAUAUAUCAGCUCUAGCUGAUGUGUGGAUUCCCCUUCAAGGAAAGUUAGCUCAGGCAUGCCAGUCCAAGCUUCACUUAAGAAUUUUCUUGGACAAUACUAGAGGUGUGAAUGUUGUUAAAGAGUACCUAAGUAAGAUGGAGAAAGAGGUGGGGAAGAAGAUAAAUGUACGGUCUCCUCAAACAAAUUCAGCCUUUCAAAAACUCUUUGCGCUUCCACCAGAGGAGUUUCUCAUUAAUGACUUUACCUGUCACCUCAAACGGAAAAUGCCUCUGCAGGGUCGCCUAUUUCUAUCAGCAAGAAUAAUUGGGUUUCAUACAAAUUUAUUUGGACACAAGACAAAGUUCUUUUUCCUUUGGGAGGAUAUAGAAGAUAUCCAAGUUGUUGCACCUACUCUGUCAUCAAUGGGGAGUCCAAUUGUUGUCAUGACUCUCCGGCCAGGCAGAGGUAUGGAUGCCAGGCAUGGGGCAAAGACGCAAGAUGAAGAAGGCAGGCUGAAGUUCCAUUUUCAGUCCUUUGUGUCCUUCAAUGUAGCACAUAGGACAAUAAUGGCUUUAUGGAAAGCUAGAUCCUUGAGCCCUGAGCAGAAGGUGCAAAUAGUAGAAGAAGAAUCUGAAGCCAAAAACCUCCAAACUGAAGAGAGUGGGUCCUUCUUGGGCCUUGAUGAUGUCAGCAUGUCUGAGGUUUAUUCUUCUGCUCUAUCUGUCCCUGCGAGUUUCUUUGUGGAGGUAUUCAGUGGGGGUAUUCUGGACCGUAGAGUAAUGGAGAGGGCUGGUUGUCUUAACUACUCUUACACCCCAUGGGAAUUGGAAAAAGGUGAUAUCUACGAGAGGCAAAUACAUUACAUAUUUGAUAAACGUAUUUCCCGUUAUAGAGGAGAGGUGACAAGUACUCAGCAAAGGUCCCCUCUUUCUGAUAAAAAAGGAUGGCUUGUUGAAGAGGUUAUGACACUCCAUGGAGUUCCACUUGGUGACUAUUUCAAUCUUCAUCUUAGAUACCAAAUUGAGGAUUUACCCUCCAAAACAAAGGAGGGGUGUAAUGUACGGGUGUUCUUUGGAAUUGCAUGGCUGAAAAGCACUAGACAUCAGAAAAGGAUUUCAAAGAACAUCCUGAAUAAUCUGCAAGAUCGCAUGAAGGUGAUCUUCAGUGAAGUUGAGAAGGAGUUUGCAGCAAGAUAGUGUAUGGAUUAACUGCAUAUUGUAUUUCAAGAUAUAGGUUUUGAUUGCAGAGGGCCGAUGGAAUUUUACUUUUAUAUGGAACUUUAAGAUUUGGACAGGGGUUGAUUGCAUCCCUUCCAUUCUCGUCGAGAUUGAUGCUCAUUAUCGGAACCGGGUGAAGAUGGCAGCAAGUUUUGAGAACAUGGAUUAAUUGGGGUUAUUUUUCAUUUGACCUCUGAUAGGGUAGAUAUCUGACCGAAGCUCCUUUGGAGAUAACCGGUUUGUAAGCUGAUUGGCAGAAGAAUUUCAAAUGAUGUCCAAAUGUUGUUAAUAAAGAAGUAGGGGUUGGGAUUAGUAGCAUGUGGGAUUUGUAGUCAUACUAGUUAUAGGAAUAUUUUUUGAAGCCUCUUGUACAUACAAAUGUUGUUUUGAAGUAGUGUAGAAGCUUUGACAUGCUGUGAUGCCAUUUUAACAAUGUGCAGAAAUUAUCUUGUGGAUUAAUACUAGAUAGAUGUUUGAU